AUGGCUACUUCAAGAACAUUCAAUGCCUCUAAUCUAUUCAUUUUCUUCCUUGUCAUGGCUACAACCAAUGGUCAGGCUCCAGCUCCAACUCCUUCAGGUCCAACCAACAUAACCGCAGUCCUAGAAAAGGCUGGUCAGUUCACAAUGUUCAUAAGACUCCUCAAGAGCACCCAAGCCGCAGACCAAAUCAACACUCAGCUCAAUUCUUCCUCCAGCCAAGGCCUAACCGUGUUUGCCCCUACCGACAACGCAUUUAGCAGCCUCAAAUCCGGAACCUUGAACUCAUUAUCCGACCAGCAAAAGGUUCAGCUUGUUCAGUUCCAUGUCCUUCCUACACUCUUGACCAUGCCUCAGUUCCAAACCGUUAGUAACCCCUUACGCACGCAAGCUGGUGAUGGCCAAAACGGUAAAUUCCCUCUUAACAUCACUAGCUCCGGUAACCAAGUCAACAUCACCACGGGAGUUGUCAGCGCAACGGUGGCUAACUCUGUCUACAGCGAUAAGCAGCUUGCAGUGUAUCAAGUGGAUCAAGUUUUGCUGCCAUUAGCAAUGUUUGGUUCAAGCUCGGCUCCUGCUCCUGCGCCUGAGAAAGGUGGCUUGGUUUCGAAAGGUUCAGCUCCAAGUGGGGACGAUGGAGGAGAUUCUACUGAUUCAUCUGAUACAGAGAGAAUCAGAUAUUGGUUAAUCUCCACCAUGGCAGCUAUUGCUGCUUCUUCCCUAUGGAUAUAACACCAAGUCUUCAUAUUCAUUAUUGGAUUUUAAGAAUAACGCUGAGCCUUAAAUUUUGUCGUAAUUUGAGACUUGUGUUAUCAUGAUAUUGUUUUGAUUCAAAAUGAGACAAAUUACAAUUGAGAGUGCACCAAAUUUUCUUGAUGAAAAAAUGAGUAUUCUAUUCACUUUUUGUUUUCUUCCCGUUUCUCCAAGCAAAUAUUUUUUUUUUACCAAACAAGUUUGAUAUGGUUAUUGGUACAUGAACGUUUUGAAGACUUUAUUUUUUUUUUGUGGAGAU